AUGUCGGUGAACCAGCCCUUUGGCUCCACGGAUGAUGGUAUAAGAAUAACAAAACCCAAAGCCUCCAACCAAAGGCCAUCUACAGCUGUUAAGGACACAAUUGAUCGCAGACUAAAACACCUUAAAGAAGAAGUCCUUCCUAUCUAUCCUUUUCUCCUCACAGUUCCAACCGAUGUGCCGUUUCGCCUUGGGAGUCGCUUUAUCAACAAUUGGGCAGUGAGCAGCGACGGCCCAUUCAGCCCAGAGGAGCAACAACUUCAGUAUAUGACAUUUUUAACUCACCACGAAGGGGAUUCCUUGUUGGUGGCUGUAGGGGAUUGGUCUGACGGAACGGGGAACGUCAUGUCCGAUCUGCGUCCUGACCCCCAAAGUGCGGCAAGCACGCCCUCGAACAGGUCCAUCAAGAAGAUUAGCUUAAAUGAUUAUAAAAAUAAGAGGAAGACUAGUGGAACGACUUCUCCUGUUGGUCAGGAAGCUAACAACCAUACCACUCCAACGACUUACGUUGUCGCCGAUACCCACCGCAUUCCAAAAGUCGACCCUAUAGGAAAUAAUCUACAGAGGAAGUCAAAUAAAUUCGCAUUUAUUCAGCCCUCUUCUGGGCAUACUCUCGAGAGCACAGAGCGCAAACGAUGCCCCGAGCCUGAAAACGAAAAUUCGAGGCCACAGGAAAGGAAAGAACCUAGGAUAACACACCAAAAGAAGCCAAGAUUGUCUCCUACCGGUUCGAUUGAGCCUAAAACACUAGAUCGGUCGAAGGCGAACGAGCUUCCAACCCUCUUAUCACCCACUCUUCCACCGACCACCAACAGCCCUAGACUACCCCGUCUUUUAUCUCCCACCUUACCGCCAGAUCUCGAGAAAGAGCUAGCCAGGUUAGAAGGGAAUCCGCCACAGCAGAAACGUAACUCGAGUGCCGAGUUAGUGAAAGUUCGGUCAAAACAAGACAGACCAUUGAAUCGCAGCACGCAGGUGGAUUCAACACCCACUAUUAGUAGGCAGGGAUCAAAUGGUAAAUACCUGAACUCAACAUCUGACAGGAAUGCUACUGCUUCCCCCCCGGUGAUACCAGAGAGCCAUGGUACACCGAAGACGAGCUUGACAUACCAGACAAACAGCAAAGCAAGUUCGCUUGAUGCUUCAGUGAGACAACAAUUAGUUGUGAAAUUGAAGUACGGCAGGUCGAAUAGGAAGCGUGUUGAGGCUCUUCUCAAGUUCUCUGGCAAAAAGAAACAGGCUCCGCCAAACUCCCCGGUGAGGGACCCCGUCGACCCCGAGCUUUCCCAGACAAUGAAAGUUGAACAGAACGUGAUGAGGAUCCCUGCACCUGACCGCUCUAGUUCCCGAUCACAUCGUGUAGAAGGUAGAACAAAGCUAGGGACGAGUACACAAUCGAUUGUUUCUUUAAGUGAGGGGCCCAGAGACCCAAAGCUGUCUAUUCCGGAGAAGGUCCGCACAUCUAAGCUUCCCAUAUCAGAUUCCGCACUACACCAACAAGGGAGAGCAAGUCAAGCUUUGGUAGCCUCAGGAAGGGACCUCGGAGUCUCAAUGACUCGGUCAGAGACUGGUUGUGACAGUAAGACACCCUUUUCGUCAGUCGUCAAGAAUACUGUAGCCGAAGCGGUUGCUACUGCGAAGCUGUCACCGCUACAGUCUAGUGGCCAACCAACUGUUCAACGAAACAGUGAUCGCCGAGCUUGGAAAGAUGAGUAUCAGAAAUAUGGAAAUCUGGGCCGGGAGUUAAAGCAUGCUGCGGAGCGGCAUACUGCGAAAGAUACUGUGACUGGUGCAGAUGAGAAGCUGGCUGUGGCAACUGCGAUUGAAGCCAUUCUCUGCUUCAUUCUAGCAUUUGUUGCUGAUGAUCAAUCGAAGACUUUACCUAGCCAAGCUGGGGAUUCGUCAUCAUGGCUAUCUAUCCUUGCAUAUUGGCGCGUUGUGAAAAAGAACAGUAUCUCUUACCCACAUCUUCACAGUCUUUGUUCAAUUCUUGGUGCUGUUUCUUACGAUGCUAUUCAUUCACUUGAUUUGGAACGACUUGCGAUCACCCCACUACCAAGGGAAAAUACGCCCGCGCAGGCCCCACUGAGUGAUGAGAGCAGUGCUCUAAUAGAGGAAAGCAGAAGGAAUCGAAAGGAAAUUCAAGAAUUGAAAAAUCGGCUACCUGAGUACUACAGGGAAUCUCAACGACUAUGGCUGGAAGGUCUACGAGGACUUUCGGAGGAUGUCCUUGCUCGUGAAUUUCCCAGUACCUGGUCCAAGCGAUCCAGAAAUUUUUCCGAACAAGGGAGGCAACAACUUAAAGUUGGGGAUUUCUCUGGCGAAUUCUUCUUGCCGCUAGGGAGAGCCAACUCCCCCGUGGAAACUGUCCGGUUUGGAUACGAGGUUCUUAAGGAGUGGUGCACGAAGGAGGGUGUAGUAUGGAGGGGUCUGCUCAAUCUAUAA